AGGUUAGGGGGUCAGGGAAAAGAGAUGAAGACGAAAUCCAUUAAAGGAUUAGUGCAUAACUAAUGCACUGCUGGAUUAGUGGGCAGAGAAAGAACGGAUGAUGAUGAGAGAGAGAGAGAUGGACAGAUAGAGAGAGAGUGAGAGAGAGUGGGGGCAAUGAGCAGAUGGAGGAAUUGGCAGGGAAAAAACAGGAAAAACAGAGACAGCGAGAACAACUCCAAAAAAAGAAGACACAAUCAGUAAAUAAGUAAACAUUACAACUGUGUUUACAUCAGUUUUAGAACAAGAGAGAGAGAGGAAAAGAGAAAUAGAGAGGAGAAUCCAUCCUCUCAUUAUUGUCCUCGGGGAGAGGCUUUGGAUUUUUCUCCCUAAACCUGAUCACACAUCCACUGGGAUCGCAGAGCUAUGGAUGUGGAAGACAUUAUUCGCUGCAUCAAAGAGGGAGAUGAAGAUGGCAUCUGGGUGCAGCUGCAGCACUUCAACAGAGAGUAUGCGCAGUGCUUCUUUUUUGAUGAAGAGGAACAGGAGCGGAGAAGGAGGCAGGAACUGGAACAGUUCAAGAAGAAUAAGGUGCGGGACUAUUUGCCCGACUCUGAUUCUGACUAUGAUGAAAAGGCAGAGGACCCGGAUGUUAUUCUCAGACUGAACCUAGCAGCAGUUCUUACCCAGUACAUCCGCUCAGAUCCACCUGGGCGAGUGCUGAGGGCGUGUCUGCAAACCCUACGGAUCCUCUCGAGGGACAAAAAGAUCCUGGGGCCCCUGGUGACGGACAACUCUUUGCUCAUUCUGGCUAAGCUCGGAGGGGUGAACAGCGGCGUCCCCUCCCGAGAUGAUGAGGACGACCCCGAGAACCCCUACGCGUCCAUCCUGGAGGCCCUCGCCGAGGUGCGCCGGAGCGAUGACCACGGCCACCGGAGCGCCGACGGCGACGUGGACGACGGCAACGAGGACGACUACGAACCCCACAGCUCGGCCGAGGGCUCCGGUGACAGCGCCCAGGACGACGGCACCGACCCUGAAGGCGAGGAGUACACUGGCUACGGGGCCCACUACGGACGGGUGGACAGCAACACCACGCACGCCUGCGUCGGGGGUCAGCCAAGGGGCAGCAUUCAAAAGAUGCUCGCACGGGGCAAGAAAGACAACCGCAUGAGCAUCGCGCCGGUCGCUGGAGACGAGGAAGAGGGGGAGGCCUCAGAGGACAUUCAGAGGAAGGAGGCGAUGAAGGUGCUCUGUAAUGUGGUCUACAACAGUGUCUGGGCCCAGGAAAGAGCUAGCGAGCUCAGACUCCUAUCAGGUGUAACAGAGGCCUUGGGUUCAGAGGCUCGGUCACUGUCUCCCCACUGUGGUCAGUUCUAUGAACUGCGCUUCAUGUUCCUCUUGACGGCAUUGAGACCUGAACUAAGGACGCAGCUAAAGCAGGAGGGAGGUGUACCCCUGUUGACUGCGCUCCUUGAGCAGUGUCUGGAGGUGCAGUGGGGUGAGCAGAACCACGUGCUGCCACGUGUGCCCCCUGUCCCCCCGGAGGCCUCACAGCGAGCCAUGGAGGCCUUGAAGACCCUGUUCAACAUCACCCACAGUGCACACACCCAGGAACCCAGUGAGGAGGACUCUGCUCUUUAUCGCCACCUAGCUGUCAUUCUUGGCCACUGCCUAAUGGUUACCUGCGAGGGAGAGAAGGAAACGGAUGACCUGAGAGGACACACAGUUAAUCUGCUGUCUGCGCUGCCUCUGAGUUGUCUGGACGUCCUCGCGACUGUGCCACUCUCUCCGAACUCCGAGCAGUGGGAGGGCUUGAACAUGGACGGUGUCCACUCCCUCCUGCUCUACAUGGAGAGGAAGCUGGAGAAGGGCCAUAAGGUGAAGGAGAAGCUCACACCAGUGCUAAACUUCCUGACGGAAAUCAGCAGAGCUCACAGACAGACACGUCGCUACCUCAGACAGCAGAUCCUACCCCCGUUGAGAGAUGUCAGCUUGCGUCCAGAGCACGGCACGACACUGAAGAGCCGGCUGGUGCGCCUCAUGACCCACGUGGACACGGAGCUGAAGCACUGCGCUGCUGACCUGCUCUUCAUCCUCUGCAAAGAGAACGUGGGCCGGUUCGUGAAGUACACGGGCUAUGGCAACGCCGCAGGCCUCCUGGCUACCAGGGGGCUGCUGGGAGGUCAGUCCAAGAGCAGCGUCGUCACGGCAUAUUACUCCAGCGACUCGGACUCGGACACUGAGGAGUACCGGCAGGCCAAGGGUCGUGUGAACCUAGUGACAGGGCGGGUGGAGGAAGAACAGCCCGACCCGAUGCAGGGAAUGACAGAAGAAGAGAAGGAAGAAGAGGCACGACGCCUGGUGUCUCUCUUCAGCAAACUCUCAAGAGAGAAUGUGAUUCAGCCAAUGGGGCUGAACGCAGAAGGCCGCCUGACCCCGAUGUCUGGACUCAUGACUGACCCCAUGGCCGAGGAGAAUGAUCAGGAGAACGGUGGUGUUGACGACCUGGAAGAUGUGGAGUAGAGGCAAAAGGAACAAUUAACUUGAAUUAACGAGUUAAUUUGCUUCAGCCAUUACCAGAAGCUUGCGGACACACUAGUGUAUUUGUUGUAAUUUUCCGCUAAAAAUUGAUUAUAACCCAUCCUUUCAUUUACAGGAAGGAAAGUUUUAAAGGGUAAAAAACCUGUAUGAAUCAUCAUUAUUUUGUGCCCACAUCAGUUCCCAGAUGCCCUGAUCGAAAGGGGAACUAGACCAAGUUUCCCAGCACAAGUUUCCCAGCCACAGAGUUCUGAUGAACUGAUGAAGUACAUUCCUAACCAGCAAAACCGAUACUAUAAUUCAUUUCCACUGUAUUUUGUGAUGCAUAGAGUAUGUACUUCUUUUUUCCCAACCAUCCAAGGUGAUGUGAGAGGACAUUUCCGUUGUACUAGUGUGUUCUCAUCAUUCUGGUCUUUGAAAGCUGUGCACUUCCCUUUCUCGAUAAUGUUCUGUUUAACUGCAACAGGAGUAAGCGUAAUCUAUCGAUGAUAUUCACUCAUGAAUCAUUAAAGGUUCAUUUCUUUAUUCAUUUUUGCUGUCAAAGGUUUAACCAAUUCUAGAUGUAGAAUGAUGACCUUUGAAGCCAUGGUAAAUUAAGUGUUUCCUGAAUAUUGUGCAUUUCACAUAUUUAGUUUUUCUGUAUCAGCCCCUUUUCACAUAUUUAUUCACAUAUCCAGUUCUGCUCAAUGUUUAUAAACUGUGAAAAUAACACAAAGUAUAAAUAUGUACAAAAUAGACCGAAACAAUUACCAACUCUUAUCCUCUACAUAUAUGUUGUUAUUGUGGGUUUAGAAGAAUUCAUCUUUUCGCUACAAAACCACUGAAUGCACCUUUAAUCCAAGUUUGUUACUUGUUCCAUACACAUAUAAACAUUGACAGGUUGUGGGUAGAGCCCACAAUUCUACACCCAUUGAAUCUUUUGUCAGAUUUAACUAAAUGCUCCUCAUGCCUCCUCUCAUUUUUUUGUUCGGUGUCUGCACUCAAAAAAAUUCCAGUGCACAGUGGUGGUUCUGUAAAAAGACCUUAGCUAAUCACCACAAGGCUUCACAAAUAUAUUUUCAUAAAGCCUAAACUGAAUCAUGGACGGUACCUUUAGACUUAAAAUGCUCAGAAUUCAUGUCGAUUUUCUUGGGGGUGAGAUUACUUCUUUCCAUCUGGCCAAAGUAGUCUAAUUCUGAGAUUAAUUCAAAUUUAAUUUGCAACGGAAUGUUGUAAAAUUGGACCAUUGUAUAUUUAUUUGAUAUUCACCAUUAUUGACAUUUAUACACCGCACAUAUAACCAAUGUCAAAUAAGUGUUCAUGUGAUAGUAAGGUGCUUUGACAAAAACAGGAGAUAGUGGUAACAGAGAGUACCCUCUUGGGGAAUGUCACCUACUUAGACACAGGCACUGUGCAUCUAUUAACUAAAAUGUUUCAGGUAACUAAUGUGUUUGUAAAGUAAAAAGUUAAUAUAGUACUUUUGCCAUCAUCCAUGCUUCAUUUUAUGAUUCUUGCCUUUAAAAAUGGGCAUCCCAUCCUCUCCUAAUAAAAUCAUGUUAAAGAUGCUCUAAGCGAUUUUUUACAUUUUUUGUCACAUACAGCAAACAUCUCCUCAAAAUCCGCUAGCAGCCUAUCCCCUGAAGAUACAGUUAAAAAAUUGUGAUCUCUGUAGACAGCCCAGGCUCCACAAAUGGCAACAAAAACAGCCUGGUACAGUCUAGACCAUGAAACAUAACAAACUUUUCCAGCCAUUCACCAACGAGAUGCGUGUUGAGGAGAGUUACAGUUGCAAAACUGUUUUGUUUGGACAUCAACAGAAGUGACGUUACCCAACAUCGCUUAGAGCACCUUUAACCGUUGAUGAAUAUCAAUAAGGCAACAUUUUACAGCAGCUUGCCAGACAUGUAGCAGAAUGUAAAGUGUUAAAAAGAGCAGGCUCCCCUUAAGAAAUGCACUGGUCUUUGAAUAAACUGACAUUUUUCCUUUGA